GUGUGUUCAGUUGCAACAGUACGUGUUGGCUUAAAUUCACCAUGGAAAAACAAAAGUAUUUGGGUGCACAUUAAUUAGAAGCAAAUGCCAAGUGAAAACGUCCUAGAUCAAGUUAGAAACCAGAGCCUCUGGUUACACUGCACUGCACUGAUACACUGUACUAGGCUCUAAGAUGUCCUCGAAAUUGUGCACUACCAUGAAAACCUAUGGUCCCCGUCCAAAAUCAUUUAGUCUCGUGGAGGAUGGUGACGAGUACAUGCUAGGCUCUGAGGUUGGUAACUACUUCCGUCUAUUUCGAGGAGAUCUCUACAAACGUUAUCCUGGGCUAUGGAAGAGAAAAAUGACUUACGAGGAGCGAAAACAUGCCAGUGAGCAGAUAGGAUAUGGCUAUAACAAUGUAUCCACUAACGUACAAAUUGUCAAAGUGUCUGAAAUCGAGGACGUUCUAACUAUGAACGAUGAGAAGUACAGAUCAGCAUUUGGGUUUGAUACUGUGGUGUCUUCGUCAAGUAAUGUGGACAGGACUCCUUCUACACAACAUAGCAACUCAGGUACUGGCACGAGAGGCUCUAAGAAAAGCCCAUGGAUAGCCACAAUUCCUGGGAGCUCCUACCACUUAGACGCUGUGCCUUGUGCCACUACCAUAGCCAGGUACAAGACUAACACCAAAAAAGUCAAGAGCUUCCCAACAUGCUACGAAGAUAAGAAUCCUAAGGCAAUGUACGAAGCAGCCUCUGUACCUGAGGUGUUGGUUCCUAUCAGACUGGACAUUGACAUCGACGGCCAAAAACUUAGGGACACAUUUACCUGGAACAAGAACGACACUUUGUUGAGUCCUGAUCAAUUUGCUGAGAUUCUGUGUGAUGACCUUGAGCUGCCAAACUCCUCAUUUGUUCCGGCCAUAGCCUCCUCUAUACGCCAGCAAUGUGAGCAGUUUUCGGUGGACAUAAUACCAGAAGACGAGGAGGACAGGAGGGUCAUCAUCAAGCUAAAUAUUCACGUGGGCAACAUUUCCCUCAAUGACCAGUUUGAAUGGGAUCUCACCAAUCCUCUCAACAGCCCUGAGCAGUUUGCCCGACAGCUGUGUGCCGACUUGGGUUUGGGAGGAGAGUUUGUUACAACCAUUGCAUACUCUAUUCGUGGACAACUGAGCUGGCAUACACGAACUUAUGCUUUCAGCGAGGCCCCCCUCCCUUCAAUCAAGUUCCCAGUACGUCAGUUGGGGGAUGCUGAGCAGUGGGGACCGACACUGCAGGUGCUCUCUGAUGCUGAAAUGGAGAAGAAGAUGAGAGACCAAGACAGAAAUACAAGGAGAAUGAGAAGAUUGGCCCAAGCUGCCCCAGGGUGGUAGAUGUCUGUCUGUAGACCGUGAAUCAACUAUCAUUGCUUUCUUCUCAAUUCUUUUUGUUAAUUAAAACAAGUGACAUUAAUUUCUCAAGGCUUUUCUUAUCUGGUACACGUUAUAGGCGACAAACUCGCUAUAUUAUAGUAUUAAGUGUGUGCUACCUACUGUAUAUGUUACUAGAAUAUUUUUCUGGUGAAAAACCUUUGCGAAUGA